ACUUCUUGAACAAAUCAUCAACAGACUGAGUCUGGAUUUACAGAAACAAACCGGAAAGUUCUGGCUGAGCCGCAGAGGAUUGUGUGCUCCUGACGCAGCACACGAAUGAUCACACCUCAGGUCAGGGUCUGAGGGUCCACAGGAUCAGGAACUCUUUACAUUCUGUCUGACUCGGACCCGCAGCCAGGAGAACCUUUCUCUGUUUAGAUUUUCUAUGACGUCCGGGUCAGAUUUAACUGGACUUUAAGGAAUCGAGUCAUAAGAGGAGAGAUGGUUGCUGGACCAUCAACUAUUCUUUCUAUUUAACAGUAUUAGAGAGAGUCCUGCAAAGAUGUUGUGCUCUCGUUUGAGCCCGUCUUCUUUUCACCUCUCGCCGCUGAGGCUUCUGGGUACUGCAGCCUCCAGGACAGUUGGGUUCAAACAGGCAGAGCUUCAUCCCCCCGCUCUGAACUUCGAGGACCCCAGCGCCUUCAGGGUGAAGAGUUUGGGAGAGCUGCUCCGGGCUUUGACCGUCUUCCGUCUUUGCUCGUUUCCAGUGUUAGUUAACAACUGUGGAAAGCUCAUGUCUGUAGCCCGUAGCAUUCUGGGAGGAAAGGCCUUCUCCCUGAUGCUGCGACCCACAGUUUAUGCUCAGUUUGUGGCCGGCGAGAAUGAGAGCGAGAUCUCCCGAUCCAUGGAGAAGAUGAGCCUGCUGGGGUUAAGGCCCAUGCUGGCUGUUCCCAUUGAAGAAGACCUCGGAGAGAGCGUCGGGGAGAAACGGUACAACGACAACAUGGAGAUCAUGCUGGAAUGUGUGCGGAUGUCUCACAGCAACGCCUGGUGUGAAGACCCCAUGAUGCAGCUGAAGAUCACGGCUCUCCUCAGCCCAGAGCUGUGUGUGAAACUCACAGCCGUCAUUGUGCAACAACCGUAUGAUCUGGAUCUGCUUGUCAGGGCGAUGGAUGGAGAGGACGUCACCUUCCCUGGUUUGGACCAGAAAGAGGGCGCUCACCUGAUGUGUGGCCUGCAGAGACUUGAUAAAAUCGCAAAGGCGAGUGUAAAUAAAGUUCGAGUCCUGGUGGAUGCUGAGUACACCUACAUGAACCCCGCCCUUUCUCUGGUCACCAUGGCGAUGAUGAAGAAAUACAAUACCGAUGGUGCUUGGAUUUGGAACACAUAUCAGUGUUAUCUGAAGGAGUCCAGAUCUCUGCUAAUGGAGGCUCUGAGUUUGUCCAAACGAGAAGGUUUCUGUUUGGGCGUGAAGCUGGUGCGAGGAGCGUACAUGGACAAAGAGAGGAAGCUGGCGGAGAAAGAGGGACGCCUCGACCCGAUUCAUCAAAGCUGGGAGGACACCAAUGACAGUUAUAACGGCUGCUUGGAUGUGAUGCUGAGGACAAUUUCACAGAAUCCUGAACGCUACAGGAUCAUCGUGGCCUCACACAACGAGGAGUCAGUGAGACGAGCUGCCAGAAGAAUGGAGGAGCUGCACAUCGACAGAGAUCGAGGCUCGGUGUGUUUUGGUCAGCUGCUGGGCAUGUGUGAUCACGUCUCCCUCACUCUGGCUAAGGAGGGCUACGCCGUGUACAAGUCGGUGCCGUACGGCUCUGUGGACGACACCAUCCCAUACCUGGUGCGUCGGGCUCAGGAGAACCGCACGGUGCUGCAGGGAAUCCGCAAAGAGAGGGAUUUGUUGAGGAGGGAGUUCAAACAUAGAAUGGGGCUGAUUGUAAGGGGGGGCAGCUCAUGAAAAACAGAAAAAUAACAAUAAUAACAAUAAUUUCCCUCCAUUUUUGUUUGAACCUCCCCCCCAGCAGAAACAUUUUUUUUUAACCCCACAAGAUUUUUAAAAUCUGCUUUUAUCAUUGUAGGCCUUCAGUCUGCGUGCAGCUCCCCCGUUAAAGAAAAAUAAAAUUUUUAAUUUAAAAAAGUAAUAUAUUUUUUGGACUAUAAUAUUUGGUUCUUCAAGUGAACCAAAACAGUAAGAUAAGUCAUCUCUUCACAAACAGUUCCAGCUCAGUUCACUCUGCCAGAUCCUGACUACAUUACCCAUAAUGCUCCAACACUAUUACGCAGUUUACCGAAGUCAAACAUCUUGAAAGAUUUUUUACAUUUAUUUUUACCUAUUUAGAUUGACUUAUUUCUGGCUGUGAAGCACCAACUGUGAUAAAAAUAAACUGUUUUGCUGCUUUGA